AUGUGUUUGCGCCGACACUGCUGUACCGUGUUUGGUGCCAGCACCUCCGUCGCCUGCAUCCUCGACCUGCGAACGUGUGGAAUUACGGACGAUGCGCUUCUUCUUCUUUAUUCAGGCAUAACCAUUUGGCAUGCUUUCGUCGUCCGACUCCGAAAUGGCUCAGCGCAGAGGCGAAUGGACCACCGGCCUGGAGCAAACCGACACCUCGACGGGGCCUCUUCGACGGGCCGAACCUCGUUUCAGCCUCGCUGGGAAGCAGGCGAUAUUGAAUUGGGCCUUGAUGAAGUGCAUACUACUCACUCACCUGCCUACUUAAUUACACAGCAAUAA